AGAGGCGAUAUGACAGAUAUCAACCAGUCGGUGCUCGGCAUAUCGGAGUGAUGAUCCCAUAAUUGUUCUCGAAUUUGAUACUUGUAAUAUUGUUCACAAACGCACUCGAAUCCAUCACGCACUGUGCCAGCCGAAUGUUAACCAUUCGCGCUUUGUCCAUAACAUCGAUUACUGCUGUUUUGUUUGAAGCUGGUCAAUCCUGGACCCGAUCUUUGGACCUAUAUCUGUCCGAGUUGCUAUUGAGAUGUCAGUGUCGACACUAUCAUCAUCUCGAAGACGACGAUGACCUGUUCUUUUACGAAAUUCGUCAUUUAGUUGUUGAUUUCAUUCUCGCUGUAAGAAGGUUGGUUGUAUGAGCAACAAGGACGGCAAGAACCCGAAUUGAUAAGCAACAAGAAGUCAGGAUCAGGCCCGCGAUGAAAGCAACCAAAUCACUAGUGAACAGCUAACGAGAUUCACCGCUUGCUGAAAUCAAGUUGAAAUCACCAUCCUGUAAAGAUUGAAUAUAGGACAGAUAACAAAAUGUGUAACGUAUGCUUCUUAUGGGUAGUAAUUGUGGUGCUACCAACGUUGGUCGGUGGCAAUGGUCUUCAACCAAAUCAAACAGGAAUACCGUGCAGUUACGAGCGAUCUGAUGAGGGUUUGAGGAUCAAGUGCUCCCAUCGAUCUCUAACAGCAAUACCAGGUAACUUGACUAAAGACGCCACUGUUUUCGAGUUGAAUGACAACCUCCUGUCCAAGCUGAGUAACAGAUCAUUCAACGGUCUUCCAAACUUAGUUUCCUUGAAUCUCCAGUCCAAUAAAGUGGGUGACAACAUAGAGAAAGGGGCGUUUUGUUCGCUACCUAAGUUGAAUGCCAUACAACUUUCCAAUAAUGGUAUCACGUCUGUACCUUCCGAUCUCUUCUCGAAGAAUAGGAGGCUACAGAAAGUCAAUUUGGCGAAUAACAAACUAGAAUCUUUUCCAAUCGAUGUCUUGGAGUCUCUGGACACGUUACAAUUUGUAGAUGUGUCAGACAACCUCAUCACGAAUCUGCACUUUCAAGGCUUAAAGACCAAAAAUGUUUCGCUGUUUUUCAAUGCAAACAGACUCUCAGUGCUUCACGAAGAUGAUUUUCUGCCUCUUAAUGAUACUCGUAUUGAAUUUCUUUCAUUCGCUGCUAAUAAUCUUUCAUCUCUACAAUCCAAGAUAUUUAGCCACCUUUCUGGUGUCCGAAAGCUGGCUUUGAGUGCCAACCAUUUCCGAAACUUCAGUUUACUUCCUUUCAUCGGAAUGACAUCUUUAUGGAAACUCACAAUGGAGAAUAAUGACAUUUCAACAAUACUACCCUUAGCUUCAUCCUUUAACGAAACACAUCUAUUGCCUCCAGUGAAAGUUCUUUACCUAGAAGGCAACAACAUACAUACAAUGCCUUCAGGUGCCUUCCGGGGACUGAACAAACUAACAGAACUAGAUAUACACCAAAGUCGUAUCAAAAUACUCCAAAACGACACAUUUGAAGGCCUGGAUUCUUUAGAAAUUUUGGACCUAACUGGUAAUCCGAUUUCAUAUGUGGCAAGUGAUAUGUUCAAUUCAUUUUGUCCAAAGCUUCGCUCUUUGAUCCUGCCCACCAACCAUCUGUCUCAACUCAACCCGACACAGUUUGCCGGGAUUGAGACGCUAGGUAGACUGAACGUAGCGAGGGGUCUGAUUCGGUAUAUAGUAAUAAGACCUGCCGGCUGGAGUCUGCCAGCCCUGCAGUCAUUGGACAUCUCCAACAACAGGAUAUCUAGGCUUAACAAGCACUCCUUCUACGGAAUGACAAACCUAACUGUUCUCAACAUUUCGAAAAACCCUAUUAACAUUCUUGAGAACUCGAUCUUUGCCAGCAACGAUAAACUCCAAAUCUUACGCUUGGAACAUCUCCAGGGCUUUGGCUCAGUGUGGACCCCUUUUACAAAUCUCCAAAAUUUAAAUUCCUUGCACUUAUCUCAUACUCCAAUAACACAACUAACAUACAAGGUAUUCACGGGCAUAUCCAACCUUCACACUUUAAAAAUGGAUGACUGUGCUUUAUCCUGUGUCAGCUUCUGGGACCCCAAAAUGAAUGUUUCUGUCUUAUCAAACCUUUCCACAUUGAAGGACCUUUCCCUCAAAGACAACAACCUGAAUAAUUUAUUACCAGGAACAUUCCGUGGACUUCAAAGCCUAGAGGGCUUAGAAAUGCAAAGUAGCAAUAUAAAGAGCCUCCAUGAGGGCAUCUUCAUGAAUCUUACAACCUUGGUGGACCUAAAAUUGGACGGUAACUCGAUCAAGGAAUUGACGUCCCAACACUUCAAAGAACUAACUUCAUUGAAAAUAAUAUCUGUCAAAAGAAAUGAAAUCAAGGAGAUACCUGUAGAUUUAUUCAGUGGAAACCCAAAUCUAAACCACCUGACUAUCUCACACAACCAUUUAACAACGAUUAAAGAAGGUACAUUCCUUCCGAAGAUAGCUCUCGACGUGUCUUACAAUCCAUUCAGUUGUAUCUGUGAUUUGAAGUGGUUUGUUGAUUGGAUAAACAUGAGGACAGUUGAUACUCUCAACCCAGAUCAGACCAACUGCUCUCAGGCUUCACUGGCCAAAUUCAAGAAUAAACCCAUCCUAACGUUUGACCCAAGCAGAGUCUGUGGACCUAAAGUAGUUGUUUAUAUCAUCUCAACAUUCGUUAUUGUUACCUGUAUAGUUAUGAUCAUCGUUGCAUACCAGCGACGAUGGUUGAUCAAUUACAAAUGUUUCCACUUUAAGUUAUUAUUCAUUGGCAAGACUGGUGACUGCGACCCACGCAACAGGCUCGAUUACGAGAACGACUUCAAUCUCGUGUUCGACGAUGACGAUGAGAAAUGGGUCAGGGAAGUAUUGAAGCCAGGAAUUGAAGAGAGGCUGCUUAAUUUCGACAGGAUUGUUUGCGGAGAUGACGAUCUUCCGCUUGGCAUGUUCUACAUCGAUGCCAUAACUGAAGUCAUUGAAAAUAGUUUUAAAACGAUCCUCAUCGUGAGUAAUCGCGCGGUGGACAAUCACGGUUUCAUCAGCAAGCUUCGCCUCGCCGUCGAUCAUAUGAACGAGGUCCAGCUGGAAAAGACUAUUCUCGUAUUCAAGGAGGAUAUACCUGAUGAUCAUUUGCCAUAUCUAGUCCGUCUAUUCCUAAGCAAGAAUAAACCCCACUUACGAUGGUCAGAAGAUGAAUACGGACAGAGACUCAUGUGGGAGAAACUUGUCCAAGAACUGGAAUGGAACAAGAAGAUGAAUGAUGUAUUACCUAUAUAAAUAUAGAUAUAUAAAUCAUUUAAAUUUGACCAUAAUUGUGCUAACCAUAAUAAGUCACAAAUUCCACAGAUCGGAGACCCGGCCCUGGAAAUUUCGAAAGACACGUGAAAGACCAAAAAAAUGGGCAAGUAAUUUCUGAGGCCCGUCUUACAAAGACUUGCGAUUGAUCCGAUCAAUUGCAACUAUGGAGAGCCAGCAAAGUCAACAUCUAAAAUGCAUGUUUGCUCAAAAAUCUUUCUAGAUAUGAAUGUAUAUCCAUAAAUUCAUUGAUUUCUUGACAGUUCGGUGUGUUCUCCUUUGUUUACAAAGGACAUUUUGCACAUAUGCUGUAGAAAAAAUUAUGACACAAAUGGAUUUCCAUAGAGUUACGAUUGAUUGGAUUAAUCAUAACCCUUUGUAAGACGGGGCCCAGAAGUCUCUGAGAUCAGCGGAAUUUGCUGUCUCUGUGUGAUGGCUCCAUAAUCACUGAAAGGCAAUAGAAAGACAAUAAUGUGAUGGCUAUGGUAUGACCUAAAAUAAACUCUUAAUAACCGUGACCAACCACUCUCAUUAUAAUUGAUUUUGCCGUAUUAAAUCCCUUCGCCAAAUCUAACAACAUCUCAAUGAUUAUUCAUUAUUGCCUAAUAUGCAGUCAGCAUACAGGAAAUUUCAUAGCACAGAGACGGCUCUGAUCAGAAUCGAUAAAAGAAUUGAGGCGCCUUCAGUCCACUUUCAUGCAGCGUAUAGUAUGUAUCCCCAUCCAAAAUGCAGGCGUGAAGGCGGCUUCAAAGCCGGCGUCGGUGGCGGCCUCAAACCUGACGCAUGUGUAUCAGUGGCCUUGGAGAUCCUGGAGGCUGGAAACAGGUGGGUGUUUCAUAAAGCUGUUCGUAAGUUAAGAGCGACUUUAAGAACGACUGGUGAUCCUUUCUUGUGGUAAAUGAUAUAUUCAUUGGCGAUAGUUAAGCGCGUGAGAAUUAGGAUCACAAGUCGUUCUUAAAGUCGCUCUUAACUUACGACCAGCUUUAUGAAACGGCCCCCUCAGUCGAGGGACCAAGUUAGUAAAUUGUGGGAAAGUAAUUAUGUUACAGCCAUAGUAAUUGUAAUAUUAGUUUAAGGCACAGUUGGCUAUACACACUGAAGGGUUUUGAUGUAUUAUUGCACAACGGAUAUUAAUUAAAGCACCCACUCUGCGUUUGUUUCAAGCAGUACUAUCCAGAUAGUGAUUGUAUACAUGCAUAGCUUUCUCUGGCCUGAAGCAGGCCUAAUUAUAUAAAACAUAAUGCGAUGGGGAGCUUUUCAUAAACAGUUAUGUCAUUGAUUUUCACCGACAUAUUUAAUAAGCUCCUGAAAAUUCCUGCGUCUGAUUGGAUGAGAGCAAAUUAGACGGUGAAUAUCACUGACAAACUUAAAGUUGAAUUAAGAAGACGAUUCCAAAUAUUGAGAUAUUUACAUUAAUAGCAACCUUACAACCCCCCAAACACUAAUAGGUGAUUCGACCCCCCAUUUUCUUUUUUCAAAAUAGUGAAUUUGAACGAUUUAUCCCUACCCAUUUUCCCCGAGUUCGCUCCUGCAAUGCCUACCGAGACGGGUGUUCUUUGAGUGUGACGUCACCGGGGGGUAUUCGGUCCCGGUGUAGUAAUCAAGGCAGUGCCGUUUUGUGUACUAUGCACGUACUCCUUCAUAUGGAAUAACUGCAGUUGAAGUUGUAUCUGCGAGCCAUAGAACUUGCAAAGAGGAAAUGAUUAAAAUAUUUGUGGCCGUACUAUUAUUAUUCCAAAUAUGUGAAUUCCCUCAGAAUGAUACCAUAGACCCUAAAGGAAUAAUUUCAAGGUGAAUAAUAUGAAAUUUGAUCGAGAUCUUCUCACCAGUCGAUAACGUAGCAGACGUGUUAUUAUGACAUAUUUAUCCGCGUGUGACGCGGCUCUUGCAAAAAAACACAGUUGGUUGCGGAAUUGCUUACAAGUGCCGACCGGCCGCCCGCUCCGGCGCAGCUAGCUGUCGAGCUACCGUACCGUUCUUGUUGUCUUCAACCAUAGAGUACUAAUUACUAUUUCUGUCUUCAACUCACUUCCGAAUUGCGUUUGUAUGUGUGACGGUGACCCCUAUAGCGUAAUUAAAUAUAGAAAACAACUCAAAAGGCCGAGAAAGAAUACUAUACGUUUGGUUCAAGAUUGUUCUGUGGAAUGAGCUAUGAGUGGAAAUGAUCCAGAGGAUAUAAAAGUGGAGUCAAAGACAAAAGAAAAGAAGAAAAAACGCCAGGGGAUCGCUGCACGGCCAUGAACUAAGUCGACAUACCAGACCAUAACAGUACACUCAAUGACUGGGUGUUGUGUGUACUGUGUGUACUAGUAUUAUGCGUUCAGCGCGCGCUGAGCUAGCCGCCGGAAUUACUUUCCAGCUACUCACUUGAUUGAACAUCGUGAUAAAAUA